AUGCUUUUAUGUUGGUUUUCACAUCUUUUGCUUUGUGGCUUUAAACUGCAGUUAACUUGUAUUUGUCUUUUUUUUUUUUUUGCUUUAGACCUGCUGUUGCUGAAAGAGGAGAAUCAAGAUCCGAAUGAAAUUGAACAGACAGAUCAGUAUGAGAAACACCAUGAUGUCAUAACUGGUGAAAUGGCCACACAGCCUAAAACGACUUCCAAACGAAAAAGAGCUCAGAAAACCAAAUCUAACAGCCAUUUCACCUGCCGUCAUUGUGGGAGGAGUUUCUGUGAAAAACAAAAACUUCAAAUGCACGUGGAAGUUCACAAUAAAGAGAGGCCAUUCCCCUGCCAAGAGUGUGGAAAGAGCUUCACUCAACAAGGAGCCCUUAAAAGUCACAUGAGAACUCACUCAGGAGAGAGGCCAUUCACUUGCCAGCAGUGUGGAAAUGGUUUCACUCAAAAAGCACACCUUAAAAGUCACAUGAGAACUCACUCAGGAGAGAGGCCAUUCACCUGCCAGCAGUGUGGAAACAGUUUUACUCAACAAGGAGCCCUUAAUAAUCACAUGAGAGCUCACUCUGGAGAGAGGCCAUUCCCCUGCCAACAGUGUGGAAAGAGUUUUACUCAACAAGGAGCCCUUAAUAAUCACAUGAAAACUCACUCAGGAGAGAAGCCUUACACCUGCCAGCAGUGUGGGAAGAGUUUCACUCAAAAAGCAAACCUUCAAAGUCACAUGAGAACUCACUCAGGAGAGAAGCCUUACACUUGCCGUCAGUGUGGAAAGAGUUUCACACAUUUAUACUCCCUUCAUUUCCACAUGAGCGUUCACACUGGAGAGAAGCCUUAUACAUGCGAACAGUGUGGAAAGAGUUUCCCUACAAAACAAAGCCUUAAAGUCCACAUGAGAGUUCACACUGGAGAGAAGCCUUACUCCUGCGAGUAUUGUGGGAAGAGUUUCACACAUGUAUACACCCGUAAUUACCACAUGAGAAUUCACACUGGAAAGCAGCUGUUCACAUGUGAUCGUUGUGGAAAGAACCUCGCAACAGAAUAUAGCCUUCAGUGUCACAAGAUUAGGCACACUGGAAAGAAACCCUUCAAAUGUGAUCAGUGUGGAAGGGGUUUUGUACGAAAGAUAAGCCUUAAUUACCACAUGAAGACUCAUUCAGCAGAGAAAUGCUGUAAAUGUGCUCAGUGUGGAAAGAGUUUCAGUCAUAAAGCUAGCCUCAGUGCUCACAUUAAUAAACACAGGAAGCCUGUGGGAAGAGCAUCUCACAAAUAGAAAAUCUUAAUAUUCACAUGAAAUGUGUGGAAUUAUGUGGAGAAACCCACAUGAGAUUUCACUCUAUUCUAUUUUAUACUCUAACUAUUUCAUAUGCCAUCAUUGUGCGAAGUGUUUCACAGUCAAAGGAAACCCGAAGACUCAUAUAGGAGUUCACGCUGGAGAGAGACCUUUCAAGAUCAUUCUGGAAAUAAAGUGUGACUGUGACGAGGUUUACCAUUUCAAAAAUCGGCAACAUAUUAAUUCUGGAGGAAGCCAUGAAGCACCUUCAUAGCUAUGUCUUUUAUUUGUAUUCACUUUUUAAUACUUGUCUUGGGGCUUUUUUAUAUAUAUAUAUAUAUAUAUAUAUGAUCUCCUGUAUCCACACCUAAUGUUCCAGAUAUAAAUACAAAUAUUACAGUAGACGCACUCUAAUUUCGAUUGUAUGGAGACAUUGUGCCAUUCCGAUUACUGGUAACUUGGAAUAAAAAUAUUAUAUUUCUGUUUUCAUGCAAAAUGCCACAAUGUAACUAAAUGAUUCUAAAUAAAAUGGCGAACUGCAUGAAGUAAUUAACAUUGCAUUGAACUAUUUGUGACGUCCCAUGACCUAUAUACAGUGGGUACGGAAAGUAUU